AUGAGCAGAGGAACAGAACCGCUGGCGGGUGAUAUGCAUCUUGAACCAGGCUCAUCGAAUCCUAUUGUGGUGAUCAAUGGCGUAUCUUACAAUGCCACAACACUGACUUUCUGGAACUACACUGCUUACGCCAACGGCACCCUCUCGAAUGGGUCGAACUGCUUCCUUGCCUUUGACACCUACAAGCCCAUUCUGCUCUCGCCAAAUGGGACUUUCAUCAAUGCCACAUCGUGUUAUCAGCCUAUCCAUGCCAUUGGGCCCCGAGGCAUCACUGGCCUGGCGUUUGGAUCGCUCUUUGCUGUUUCGGUAUUACUUUCAACCAUUAAUCUCAGGAAGCAUGGCCGCGCUUACCUCCCUAGGGGGAAGAGGUGGAGACCGAUUGGGAGGAGGUGGUCUUGGUACUGGACAAUCAUCGUCGCCGCCUGUGGUCUGUUAAGUUGUUUUACCGCUAUCGAUGUUGACAGGGACCAUGUUGUCAAUACCCCCAUGGUUCUUCAAUGUUUCUUCCUGACCUUGAUGGUCCCUGCUUUGCUGGCGUGUGUUUGGGAGUCUGUGCGAAGCUGGUCUUCCGCUCAACACCGCCGUCUCCACGAUGCUGAUGCUUUCUCCCUUGCUCCGGACGACUUCCGAGCGAGAGUGGGGUUUUAUCUCCCCCUGAUUUUCUACGCAUUUGACUGGCUUGUAUUCUUCCUGGCCGCUCCUAGGUCCUGGUCCUUCGUGCAGAAACAGCGAUCACUGAGUCAAACCCUGGAGUCAGCAAAACCUACAGCACUCGAUGCCCGAUUCAAAGCUGCUUCGGUUCUUGCUAUCGUAUGCCUGGGGUGCAUUGUUUUUCGAUUAAAUUUUAGCAGUCGAAUAUAUCAUCUGAGGAUUCCACAUACAAUUCACCUCGUCGCUAGUCUUCUCGCUGUACGGAUAGCCUAUGGAAUCAUCGGCUCUUUUGUAUGGAUUUUGUCACCCUAUCGUCUGGAAGUGAGCAUUGGCUGGCUAUACGGACUCGGAUAUGCACCAACACUACUGGUUCUCUUCUUACUGAACCUCCGCGGCUACCAGGAAGAAAACGAAGAUAUAUUAUUGAUUGCUGCGCGGGCUCAGAGGGGUGAUGGAUUGGAGGAUGACAGCCACCUAACACACCAAGGAGAUCGAGAUCAGGGACGUCAGGGCAAGCACCCUUCUUGGUGGUUGAAACCCCGCAAUCCUACCUUGUCUCCGACUAAUGUCUUCAAGACAUCGGGAUCAAAACUGCGCCAUGACGUUGAUGAUAGCACCAGCCGGGGCUAUUUUGACCAUGGAGAUCCGUCUGAUGAAAGUGGACAAUAUUGGUGGCAGAGACGGAAACAAGGAGAAGAGGAUGCAAGACUCCGGAGAUCAAAGAGCAGUGCAGUGCACGCGCGCCCAAGGUGGCCCAGCGCCGACUAUGACAAUGAUCACGCGAGCACGAGUUCGCGAUGGACUGAACGGGAGGCACCGACACCACUACACACAGAUGAUGGUGAUAGCGUGGAAACGGGCUCAAACAAAAGCGUGCACAGCAUAUAUGACCGAUCACGAGGAAAGACGUCAGAACCUUCGUCGUCGACUCUUUCCCUGCAGUCGCGGCCGCAGGUGGUAAGGAGUAUGUUAGAUGUGUGA